AAUUGUUGUGAUAAACUUAUUAAAUAGAUAAAAAAUUCGCUGAUAAAAAAGCUCAGAGACAGUGUAUUGAAUAGUCACAAGUUUGAAAUGGGACCUAAAAAAGUUUAUCCGAAUAUAUUCGACAACAAAUCCCUAAAGAAAUGUGUUUCUUCGCUAAAUCUGUUGAGAAACAGUCAAGAUAGUGUCUUCGAAGUGGAACAAAGUGUGCUUGAAUCAAGUCAACAAAACAAGAAUAACGAGGUUGAUGUUGCUCCGGAAAAGACAUGCACAUCUUGUCAGUGCAAUUUCACUGACCGGGGCGAGCAAGUGGCCCACUACAAAAGCGACUGGCAUCGAUAUAAUCUAAAGAGAAUGCUACGCUCUGAGGAGCCUGUAGACGAAGAGAGCUUCAACGCUAGUAUUGAGGCAAGUGGAGACUCGUCAAGCAUAUCAGGCAGUGACUCAGAACCAGAUGACGAUAGCAGACAUUUGCAACAUCAGACUAUAAUGGAAGAUGAACCCAGUUGCACCUCAGUGUCACUUACAGGAUCCACGCAUGAUACCAGUGCCACUUUGAAACUCCACCUCACAUCUCUGGAUAGUGAUGUUAUCUACUCAGUACACAGAUGUCUGGUUUGUAGGAAAAAAGAACAGGUUUCAGAAGAUGUGAUCAUCGAUCGAGUGAAGAAGCUGCUAACCAGAGAGAUGCUUAAAACGACCAUCAUAAUGCUAUCUAGCGGUCAUUUUGCAGCUGCAGUUUUCGAGAACGAAAAACCGAUUGUACACAAAACGUUCCAUAAGUAUGUCGUCCGAGCUAAACAAGGAACAUCGCAGGCGUCUAGUGACAAUAGAGGGCAUAAGGCCAAAUCAGCCGGAGCUAACUUGAGAAGACAUUGCGAAGCCAGUCUAAAAGAGGAGGUCUAUUCUUUGCUUCAGUCGUGGUCCAAACAAAUAGCAGAGUCAGACCUGAUUUUCAUCAAGAUUUCAACUGAGAACAGCUCAAUUCUUUUCGGAGGCAAACAUCCUAUUUUGUCUAAGCAGGAUCUGCGGAUAAGGUCAAUACCGUUUCCGAUGCAAAGACCUACAUUUUCAGAGCUGAACAGAGUUUUCAGGAAUCUAGUACAGACAACAGAGCUGGACAAGGAGAAGUAUAGGGAGAUCAAAUUGCAGAGGUCUCCUCCUGGAACCCCGGAAAAGAAAUUGACGCAAAGUCAACAACCGAAAAAAGAAAGAACUCUUUGUAAAACGCAAUCAUCAAUGAUUUCAUCCAAACUUACAGAAACUAGCGAGGAACUUUUGAUAAGUCGGAAGCAAAAUGAAGAAGGAAAUUGCGAUAGCGUAGAAAAGAUUGUGGAAAAAGAGGAUGAGAUUUUGCAACAAGUUAUUGAUUUGUAUGAAACCAACCAUGAAUAUUGUUUUGCAUUUACUUCAACAAAUAUCGAAUUGCUAAAAAGUUUGAAGUUUCUUAAUAGCGAUACAGGUCUUCAUUACUUUUCUCGACUCAAUGAUUGCAAGUUUAUAGAAUUGCUUUUGGAUAAUGAUUUCGAUGUAAACGAAAGAAACAAUAAAAACAAAACGCCAUGUCAAUUGGUGACGCACAAGAAAGCAAGAAAUAUCUUCCGAAAAUUUAGAGCCAAUUAUCCAGAAAAGUUCGACUACUCUCUAUCGGGAAUCCCUGAACCACUGGACGAAGAAGAGGAAAAACGGAAGCUGGACAAAUUGGCUCAAAAGCGAAAAGAAAAUAAGCAGAAAAGAAAAGAUGCGGCAAAGGUAGAAAAACAGGCGCAAGAACUGGAAAGGAUUGAGAAAGAACAAAAAGCAGCAUAUCUUCAACUGUCAGACAGGGAAAAAAGAGCUCUGGCAGCUGAAAGAAGACUGGGCGGAACAGUCAGUGGCGUGGAUAAUGCAUUUGUGCUGAGGUGUUUCCUAUGUGCUAAGAAUAUUGACAGUCUGGUUCCAUUCAAGUACUGUGAUAACUCUUUUUGCUCAACUGAUUGUGUCCAUACGCACAGAAAGGCAUCUCUUAGUUCAAAACUGGCCAUGAAUACGAUGAGUAUAUUCCAAUAUCUGGCACAGUUGCGCCAAUCCCUCACAUUUGAAACAGGAGACGUAUGUGCCAGUCUGUUCUCAUUCCGAGACAGACACAUAAUGAAUCCUAAACUGAGGUUUGACAAUCCGGAGGUCAAAGUGCAGUCGUUUAAGCCCCCACUUGCCCCUCCUUACGAUGAGAUGAUCACUUCGCAUCUCAAGGCCAUAUCAUUCAUCCACAGACAGAACUUCGCAGAUUGCUUCAAAAACCAUCUAGCAUGUUUGCAAGCCUUCAGCAAAGACUUCCAGAACAACCAAAAGGAAGACAACUGGUCACUACCACUGAUGGUGGAGCUCAUCAUUGAUGCACGUCAUCUGUCGCUGAGGGCAGCGAGGCAGAUGUACAAGUGUGAUGAGGCGAAGACCGAUGAGAUCCUGAUGCAGUGUGCGGACGCCAUCAUGACCUGCUUCCGAAUAUGUGCCUCGGACACUCGAACGGACAUCGAGAGGAGCAAACGGUGGGGAAUGUUGCAUGUUGUGAACCAGCUGUUUAAAAUAUACUUCAAGAUGAAUAACGUCAAACUGUGCAAACCUCUCAUUCGUGCAAUCGAAGGCUGCAAUAUCAAGGAAGAAUAUACUAAGGCACAGUUGGUGGCCUAUAAGUACUUCGUAGGGAGAUUGGAGAUGUUUGAAAAUGAUCACAGAGCUGCCGAACAAUCUCUCCUCUACGCAUUUCACAACUGCUACCCUGGAUCCCGGCGCAAUCUGAGGCUCAUUCUAAUCUACCUGAUUCCAGUCAAGAUGCUUCUGGCUAAGCUUCCCUCUCCAGACCUCAUCCAGAAAUUUAGUCUUUUUCAGUUCCAAGAAAUUGCUCUAUCGUUGCGAUCGGGAGAUGUUCGAAAGUACAACAGAGCGAUGAGUAGAUUUGAAAACUUUUUCAUCAAGACAGGAAUCCUUCUGAUUUUGGAGAGGCUGAAAAACAUCGUGUACAGAAAUUUGUUCAGGCGACUGGUGCAUAUAAGUGAGUCUCACCAGAUUGACAUCAAGGCGUUCAUGGAGGUGUUGCAUGUGAUGGGAGAGACAGACCUGGACAUAGAUGAAGUGGAGUUCAUAUUAGCCAAUCUGAUCUAUCUGGGAUAUGUGAAAGGAUAUAUUUCACAUCCACACCUUAAAGUCGUCAUUAGUAAGCAGAGUCCGUUUCCUCCCAUCUCGAGCGCGAUGAUUCGUGUAAAACUUUAUGUACUGAAUGAAAAUCGACAAUGGGAUGACAAAGGGAAAGGUUAUGUGAGUGUUGCUCCGAAAUCUACUCUGGAACCAGUUGCGUCAAUCGGUCCAGUUGUUGAUUCUGAUGAAGGUCUGGUCGAAACAAAGCCAGAUCCAAUUACAGAAGGAGCAUCUGAUUCGCUGUCUUCAUUUACUGUUGAGGACGUGGAGAAUGUAGAAACUGUUGCGCCCCCUGCAGAACCAACAUCGCCAAUUGUUCAAUCUUGUGCCAGUGGUGGAAGUGAUCAUAAAGAGAUGAUGAUCAUAAUGAAGAGCGAGGCUGAUCCUAGUGUGAUUCUGCUGCAGAGUAAAAUCCAGUCGGAUACCAUGUACCAGAAGCAACAGGACACACUAAUUGUGUGGAAUUCUGAAACAGAAGGAGACCUCGCACUCAGCUUCGAGGAAAUUAAAGGCUGCACGACAAUCUACGACCAAAUUUGGGCAUAUCAGAACGAAGUGUCUGAAGCUGGAGGAGCUGGCAGUGGAGGGGAGGACUCUCCUGGAGGGGGAACUGGGUCGGAUGUCACAGACACAGGGGAGGUGAACAUUUCAACAGUAUCGAUGGGAGGCAACGAGAGCGAAACUAGGUGCAGAAAUAUCAGUGCGGCUCUCAACGGAGAUCUCGAGGAGCUCCUGGAGGCCGGUAAAAUAGACGCGAUAAGAUGGGACUUCGAGUACCAACUGAUGAAUGCCAAGUACAAAGAAAACGUCUGCAGAGUGAUCGAGUCGGAAAAACUCAUUCCAAAAAUGAUACAACUGUUCAGACGCUGUGAGGAGGAGUUUUUCAUCAGUGGGUUGGAGCAUCUCUACUCCAUAUUCAAAAACAUGGUGUCAAUGGGAAAGACGGCUCUCUACGAGAUAUUAUUCUCAGAGGCUUGUCUGGAUGAUGUUAUUGGUAUUCUAGAGUAUCCGCCAGGCAAGGCCAGACAACACCAUAGGGACUUCAUCAAAAACGCAACUCUAAAAGAGGCUCUGCCUAUUAAGAAGGAGAAAUUGCUACAGAAGAUAAGGCAGACCUACAAAGUGCAGUACAUUCAUGAUGUAAUACUGCCAACGCCACCAAUCAUGGAAGAGAUGAAUUUGUACACGCUGCAGUCGUUUAUCUACCUGAACAAGGCAGAGAUAGUCACCAUGAUUCAGGAGGACGUACCCUUUCUCAAGGCGAUUAUAGCCCAAAUAUCAAAAGAGGACUCCUCCUACGAAGAGAAGAAGAACUCGUUUGGGUUCUUCAAGGAGCUGUGCAUGUACUCGCAGUGUCUGGACGCACUCAAACGAGAGGCGUUCUUUGUUUUCAUAAUUGAGAUCGGUAUUCUUAAAGCAAUAGCUCAUAUUCUCAGUAUCGAGAUAGACGAGUUAGCUUCGAAGGAGGAGACAGAAGGCACAGUGCAGUUGCAGUGGUCAGCAGUAGAAGUGUUCGCAUACUUCAUCGAAGUGUGUCCUAACGUAGUGCGAGAGUUCAUCUUGACGGACCAUAGAGAGAAUGUCUCCUCAGAUGAAACUCUACUGAUUAACCUUCUCAUGUACCAGAUGUUGAAUGAUAGAGACGCGGAACUGGGGGGAGCGUUGCAGGUGUUGAAUUUGUUCAGAAUCAUCUUGGAUUUCUCAGUUGACAGUGAGGAUACUCUGGUUGCAGCCAGACACGUACUGGAUCCUUUCAGCAGACAAUUGGACAGCAAAGACAGUUUCCUGAGCAUGUUCUACUCUCGCUGUGUGCCUAUUCUGAUAACACAAGUACUGGCGAUGACUGCUGAGCCAGAUUCACUCGGGCGAGACACAGACAAAGACGAAUACCGAACAGCUCUCUCCGCCCAGAUAGUACUGCGACUUCUCAGCUACUGUCUAAGUCACGGACACGGAUUCCACAUUAGAAACUACUUGAUCAAGAACGAACUCAUUGGCCGCUUUCUGCUCCUCCUCAAGUCCAAACAUGUAUUCCUAGUUCUCACAGCUCUCAAAUUCAUCCGAACUAUAAUCGGACUGAAAGACGACGUGUUUAACAGACACGUGGUGGCAAACAAACUCAUCCAGCCUGUAGUCAAUGCAUAUCUCCGCAAUGGACACAAGUACAAUCUCCUUAACUCAGCACUGAUCGAAUUCUUCGACUUCAUCAAAACUGAGAACAUGAAGCUACUCAUCAUAAAUAUAGGCGAGAACUACAUCUCACAAUUUCAAGAUGUCACUUAUGUCACUACAUUUCAUGACCUAAAGACCCGCUACGCACAGUUGACAGAUUUCGACAAGCACGAGAACGGUUCCGCACUCGGAACUCCUAUCAUGUCUACUGACUUCAGCGACAGUGAGAACGCCUCCGAAAAGUCCCUACAGUUCCUGUCGCCCACAAUUGACUCGGCAGCUUCUAAUUCGACAUCAUCACGAGCUUAUCGCGGUGGAAACGAUUGGCUGGCCAGCGAGAACGACGAUGACUUAGGAGAAGACCCGUCAAAGCAGCUUCUGGCAGAUGCAGAAAGCCCAGAGGAAGAGGCUAAGUGGAUGGAGCAGUGGAACUAUCACACGAGUCAGUUAAAAAAGAAGCGCGAACAGAAAAUGGUUGGAGAUGAAAGCAAUGGCGGUUUGUCUGUUUUUGAUCCGCAAAUGUUCCUGAAAAAGACCACCAAAAGCAGUACAAAUGGCAGUGCGAAACCCUCUUCUCUCACAAUUGCACCCAUCAAAAACCUUCCCAGUCAAUUCGACAAAAUCUUUGACGAAGAUCUUGUUGACGAUAUGACCUCACAAGGACCACAGCAUAAAAUGCCCAGAACCAAUCUAGACUGCGAUGAGGACCCAGAUAUUCAAUCAGCAUGCUUCAGUCUCUCCCCUAUUUUCCCCACGGACUCGCAGAGAGCCUCUACCCCUACCAGCAGUUUAGUGGACUAUGACUCAGAUUCGGAUGAUGAUUAUGCUGCCGAUACCGAGGAUGCCACAGACUCAUCCAAUCCCCCCAAAAACGAAGCCAAGACUGUAAUCAAUUCCGAUCGAAUAGAAACCAUAUGUGAGAAAACCGAGCAGUCGAGUGAGGAUUCUGAGGGCAAUCCAUCGUCUCUAGAGUAUCAUAAGAUACAAGAUGGGCUAACAAACGGAUCCUUGUCUGACUCUUCUGCAGAGGAAUCUUUACCAAAGCCACCCCCUGAUGACCUGCUCGCCAUUGAUUCUUCGCCAGAAGUUAAAUCAUGUAGAGUCAAAAUUGAGACGGCUUCCCUAGAAGACACUAGGUUAACACCCAAAAGGGCACGAGAAUGUAUCAGCUCGCAAAUGGAUACAUCCGAUGUUGACCAGAACAGCGAGGUUGACACAAAUCAGACGGAAAGCAUAAGAGGACGCUUGUUUGGAUGCGAAGAAGAUGCUACAGAUAGAGGAGGAGGUGACAAACAAGUGCCCAGCUUCGUUUCUGACCACGACUCACCGCCCAAAAAGCGAACCAGAUCCGUAACUGAUUCGGCUGAAAAUCAAACUAAACCAGAAGCAGCAGACAAGGAAUGAAGAUAAGAUUGAAACGAACCAAAAAUGCAAUCCUCCAAUUUCACACGUAAUAUCUUAAACUGCCUCCUUAAAAGUAUUUAUUCCACACCCGGUCCCGUGAAUGAAAAAACAAUGAAAUACUGUCAAGAUCAAAUAGACUUCUCUUUUAUUCUCUGGCUGAAUUUUGUUGACAUAUUUUCAUCCCAAUCUUGUGUGCAGUUACUUUUUGCUACUUCGGCUAGAUGCGGUUUUCGCUACGAUUCAAUGGACUUAACUCCUGUAAUCUAGUUUUGAGGUUUAAAAACCGAAUUGGCGGGAAGUCUAUACUGGAAUUGAUUGAUGCCGAAUCGACUACGCAUUGCUCACUUUGCUGUUUAGAUUGAUCCAAUGAUAGUUUUCAGUUUAAUAUUCAUGCAAAUGUUUUUAUUACUUCUUUUGCUUCGACCACAAUUUUUCAGCAACUUUUCAUAUCUUAGCUGAAAAAAUGAGGAAACACUUCUGAGCCACUCUGGCACGUAUAUAAAAUAGGUUUGUUUGAGCUGGUUGCUGAUAUGUAUCAAAAUACUCGUGGUCGAAGUUUAUCUCAUUUGUCAACAAAGAUCGUUUGAAAUCUUUUAAAAUGUUGAAACUUUUAUGGUUUAUUCCCAUUAAAUAACUAAACAAA